UCCAUCAUAGCUAAAAGUUUUAAGUAUUAUAAUUGUAUUAUAUUAUUGUUGGAUAUUUGCAAAUUAAAUUUGAUUUACCUAUUUUUUUUCGUAUACUACAGGUCAUGAACAGCUAGAUGCAUGGAUAGUGUUAUACAUACUUCAAAUUUCACACAAAAAUAUUCAAUUGACUUAGAAAAUGAACACGGACAGUUGAAUUGAUCACCCUGUUGGUAUGCUCAUUACGACCGACGGUAUUUACUCAUACACCGAUUAUGGUAAUAUUUUGCGAACCGUGCGACAGCCGGAUCCAAUAUCAAGUCGAAUCGCUGUCAUUGUUGCAGAAUCGGUGUCGAAAAACCAAAAAAACCGUCUCCGAAAUACUCGUCGGUCGUUACCUUUCAUAGCUAUCUAUUCAUUACAUUCGUGUAUAUUUAAAUGGCCGGCGUGUACAUCCGGAGACACGGAAGUGUCGUCGUCGACCCGUCGUCACCGCGGUCGGCGAUACAACCGCGUAAUCUUCAGACUCCUCCAGCGGCGACGAAUUUGCGAUGGCGGUCCGACUCGUACCAAGUGAACGGUCCUUGCAAAAGCGUCGAUCCACUUGGCAACAAUCCACGGCCGGAUGAGACCGGGGUGGUCGUCGAGCUGACCAAGCUCCCUUACAGCUGCGGCGCGCACGACGACGACCUGCAGCAAUCCCACCAUAACCAGCAAGGAUUUAUCUCUAUAAUCAGUGAAAAUAGAAAAUCAUUAACAUUUCAAAAUAGUAACGAGCCGACAGCAAGUAUAGAGCUCUCCUGGUGGUAUAUAUUCUGUCUGAAAUGCCGUCAGAAGGAAGUAGGACCCGGAUGGGAGCCGGGGUGCUGGUCGAAGACGUGCCCACAUCCAUACUGCCCUUCGUUUCGGCACGUGGCCCGGAUCCUUGCACUACUCGUCACUGUCACGCUGUUCUGGGGUGUGGUGCUGGCCGUGAUGGGUGCGGACGCCAAGCCGGGUGGGCAGCUGUUCAACAUCGCCGUGCUAGUGGUGUUUGCGUAUCUAGGUGGAUGGGUGUUCCGCAUGCUCACCUUGCCCGCACUUGUUGGAAUGCUUCUGGUCGGGAUCGUCUACAAGAACGUCGGUCUCAUCCACAUAGAAGGCCACUAUGCGGAAUUCGUUUCCAUUUUGAGAAAAAUAGCUUUAGUGGUAAUAUUCACGAGGGCGGGAUUGGACUUGGACCCAGUAGCGUUGAAAAAACUAUACUGUAGAGUGUUGUUCCUUGCUCUCGUCCCGUGGUGUACCGAAGCAGCCGUAAUCGCCGUGACGGUUCACUAUUUUUUGAGUUUACCAUGGUCGUUCGCUAUACUUUGCGGAUCGAUCAUCGCCGCCGUGGCUCCGGCUGUAGUAGUCCCUUGCCUAUUUCGUCUGAGGACGAAGGGUUACGGUGUGGCCAAAGGGAUCCCGACGUUGAUCAUAGCAGUCGCUGGGAUUGAUGACGCCGCAUCCGUCAUAGCUUUUGGAGUGGGCACCAGCAUGCUUUUUGGAACAAAUUCAAUUACUUAUGAUUUAUUGUUAAGUCCAGUAUCAAUAGCAGUUGGGAUAUUGUACGGUUUAGUUUGGGGUUUUAUUGUUAAAUACGUUCCAGAACGAACUGAUCCUUACGUGGUGCCACUUCGAAUUUUAAUGUUAUCUGGAGGUGGAUUAUUAGCUGUAUUGGGUUUUGAACGUACAAGUUUAGAAGGCGCAGGUCCAUUAGCAGUGAUCAUCUCAUCGUUCACUUCAAUUUAUUUUUGGACUAAACAAGGGUGGAAUAUUGAAGAUAACCCAGUGGCAACAGCUUUUGAAAUAUUUUGGAUGAUUUGCGAACCAAUACUGUUUGGAUUGACAGGCACACAAAUUGUACUCAAAGAACUUGACCUGAAAUUCGUAACGGCAACUGUUAUGUGUGUCGCCAUCGCUUUUGUGACACGGAUUUUUAUAACGAUCAUAGUAGCUUCCGGGAGCUCUCUGAAUUUUAAAGAAAAACUGUUUAUUGCGUUGUCGUGGAUGGCCAAAGCAUCUGUUCAAGCCGCUCUAGGGCCGGCCGUACUGGAGGUUGCUUCCAACAACAAAAAUGAUGAACACAUCGGAUACUCCCGGACGAUCGUGAUGGUGUGCAUUAUCUCCAUCCUGUUGACCGCCCCAGCGGGUGCUAUCAUCGUCUCACUGUCAGGCCCCAAGCUGCUGACCAAGGCCAAGCCCAGCAACGAACAGUGGCGACGAGGGCCCAGACCGUCAAUCCGUGAUAUCACGUUGAACAGUGAGGACGAGGAUAAUGGCACCAGUGUGAGCAAUGAUCAGGUACAGGAGUGCGACGUGGCGAAAGCGGAUAGCACGACCGAGGACCAGAGCGAUAAGAUUUGAGUACCACGGUUACAGGAAUAACAUUGAAUAAAAUUCAUCAUCGCGUUAUGUUAUACAACACAAUAUUGUACUAUAAUAUAAUAUAUGGGGUGAUUCACCAAGCACACUCAAUAAUAAAUUUCAAGUUCUGAUUUUUGGAAUUUUUAAAUAAACCGAUAUUUUCUAGCUUAAGGAGUCUCUUGUGGCAAAACAAAGUUCUAUUUUCCAAAUAUGAUUUUUGAGUAUACUUAAGAUUUCCGAAACUCAGAAUUUAAAUAUCUGCAUUAUUGAAGAAAAAAGGGCUGAGUAUGUUUGGUGAAUUAUCCUACUGUAUAAUAUGCGGCUGUAGGUGAAUCUCGAUUUCCGAUUUCCUGAUCGGAAAAUUUUGUUUUUGUUUUAAUUUUUAUAAUUCCCUUACAUACAUUAUACAGUC